CCAGUCGCUCCACUCACGGCUGCCCAGGAAGGCAGUGCGGGUAGCGAGCGCUGCUUUCGCUUUCCCUUCCCGGUGCCCACUCCUCGCUCCUAGCGCGGCGCUCGGCCCAUCGCCCCAGCAAUGGCCACGCUCAGGGUGCAGCCUGAAGCCCAAGCCAAGGUGGACGUGUUUCGUGAAUACCUGUGUACCAAGACAGAGGACCUGCUCGGAAGUUAUUUCCCCAAGAAGAUUUCUGAGUUGGAUGCAUUUUUAAAGGAGCCAGCUCUCAAUGAAGCCGACCUGAGCAAUCUGAAAGCUCCAUUGGACAUCCCAGUGCCUGAUCCAGUCAAGGAGAAAGAGAAGGAGGAGAGGAAGAAACAGCAGGAGAAGGAAGACAAGGAUGAAAAGAAGAAAGAUGACGAUGAAGACAAAGGUCCUCCCUGUGGACCAGUGAACUGCAACGAGAAGAUCGUGGUCCUCCUGCAACGCCUGAAGCCUGAGAUUGAGGAUGUCAUUGAGCAGCUCAACCUGGUCACCACCUGGUUGCAGCUGCAGAUACCUCGGAUUGAGGAUGGUAACAAUUUUGGAGUGGCUGUCCAGGAGAAGGUGUUUGAGCUGAUGACCAGCCUUCACACCAAGUUGGAAGGCUUCCACACUCAGAUUUCCAAAUACUUCUCUGAGCGCGGUGACGCAGUGGCCAAAGCAGCCAAGCAGCCCCAUGUGGGUGAUUACCGGCAGCUGGUGCACGAGCUGGAUGAGGCAGAGUACCGGGACAUCCGGCUGAUGGUCAUGGAGAUCCGCAAUGCUUAUGCUGUAUUAUAUGAUAUCAUCCUGAAGAACUUGGAGAAGCUCAAGAAGCCCAGGGGAGAGACAAAGGGAAUGAUCUAUUGAGAGCCUCCUCGUAUCCUGUGAUGAGUACAACAGAGCAUGACAUCACUUCUUAUCAGGGACUUCAGAUUUUCCCCAACCUCCUCCUGUUGAGGUUUCUUCCUCCCCCCAUCUCCCAGGCACAAUAAACACAGUCAUACUGUU